AUGAUGACAACUAUCUCGCGCGAUCCCGACCUGCCGUUCGAUCCGGACAACGCGCGGGCUGCCUUCCAUCGUAGGAGCUUGUCGCUCGCGACAGCAACCUCGCAUUUGCGGGAUGCGAACCAAGCUUGGGCGUCGCCCACCCUGUUCGUUCCCCCACCGCACUCGCCGCUGUCACAACUCCCGCCUUUGCUAGAAAUCUGCGGCAACGACGCAGCCGCGGUGGAUGGCGCUGACGCAACACGGCGGAAAGAUGCGGCGGGGGAGCAAACGGCCGUAGACGCGGCAUUGCCAGAAGCUGUCGGCGGCAGGACCAACGGAUACCUUCGGGGCGACGAGGCGUCCCGGCGGCCGCUUGGCCGAACCCGCUCUCAGGCCAUCGGGCCGACUCACCAAGCGCCGCGAGCGAAUCUCCUGGCGUCGCCUUCGCAGCGCUACGAUUCGUCCUCAUUCUCGGGAAGCUUGAAGGAGAGGACGAGCGAACACGCGGCGCGCAUUAGGAACAUGAUGCAGAAAGAACGACUCGAUUUCUUGGAACCACCGUCGAACGCGCAGCCCGCGACUGUAAAGGAUGACCCGCGCGCGCUUGCGGAAGGACUGCCCUUGAACUCUCCGCAGCUGCCGCAGCAGCAAAAUGCUAACGGCGAAAUGUCAGCGCAAGCGACGGUUUCGCCGGGGGGACACCGGCGGGGAGGUAGUAACCAGUUGGGGGGGCUGCAGGCACAUCUGCCGCACCUCCUGGCCGCGACCACGCUGAGUCGACGUGGCAGCAUCACCAGCAGCCACGCAAGAGACAGCAGCUACGGCAGCGGGAUCAGCUUCAGCGGCAGUAGCGGAAGCAGCGCUAGUGGCGUGAGCGGCGCUAGUGGCAUCAGCGGUAGGACCAGCAACGCAGGGGUACCAGCGUUUUCCCCGAACGCGGUAGCAGUCGGAUCAGUCACCGUCGCCCCCGCCUCUUUUAGUCCGCAAUUCGCCAACCCUUUCUCUACCGAUGGCCAAACCCCCUCUCUAGGCUCGGUGGCUCCGGUUAGGGUAGCGCCAGUCGAACUUGAGUUACCGGGUUCACCGGCAUCUUCGGCGUCGCCAGCGUGGUCGCCUUCGCCAAUAUCGCCACCAGAAGGCGGGUUCAUUCCAACCAUUCGCAGGGCAAUCUCUCUCGCCGUGCAGCGCGCCAAGCCGCAACAGCAGCUGCAGCAGCAGCUACUGGUACAAGCGCAUCCCGUGCUUGCGAUACCGACUCGAAAUGGGACAGCUGCUGCCCUCGCUGCUGACCCACCCACGGUUGAAUUCUCGCCCUCGUCUUGUGCCGUCGCUCUCGGCCAUGCGUCAGCGCAACCAAAGACCGCAGCCGCGCUUUGUCCCAAAUGCGGCCAUACCAUGGCCCCCGCGGCUUCUUCCCCCGACGAAGGGCGGGAAUCCGCGCAGGGGCGGAAGGGCCGGCGGCGCGUGCCGGCUGCGGCGGUGGAAGCGGCGGCGGCGGCGGCAAAGGCCGCGCAAGCCGCCGCGAUGGCCGCAGAGGCGGCUGCUGCCGCCGCGAAAGAGGCCGCCAGCGCCGCCGCCGCUGCCGCCGCGGCGAUUGCGGAGGAGAUGGACAGUGACUGUUGGGAGAGUGACUGUAUGGGGGAAGAAGCGGGGAAGGGCGGCACAGGAGGAGUCGGGUGCGACACGGUGGCGUGCGUCCAGGCGGCAGUGGGUUCUGGCGCGAGAGGUGGGGAGGAUAAGCGCGCCGAAUCGGUAGCUUGCAGGGAAGGCGGGGCGAUGGGUGCGGAGGGAGGGGGAAGAGCGGCGGAAGAGGGCGCAGAGACAGCGAGUGCGGAAGCAGAGGAUGGAGCGGGGCAAGGCGUAAGAGGGGACAGUGAGGCUGCAACGGCGGGGCAGGGGGAGAUGUGUACUGGUGAGACGGAGACGAGGGCAGGGGAAGAAACAGGCGCGGCGGCGGCGGGACGAGGGCAGAAGGCGCAAGGCAAGUACAAGCGACUGUCGCCCCGGCCUGUGGUUGUAGAGAGAAGAGGAUUUUCAGAUGCGCGCGCUAUACAGUCACCCCCUAGUGCAGCCGCCACCAUGGGCAACGAGGAAGGGGGGCCGGAGAGCGGCCGUGCGCGCGGCGGAAUGGGCCAACAGUCGCCCCGGGGGCGAAAGGGGAGGGAGAGGGGGAUUGAUGGAGCGGAGGAGAGCAGGGGAACAUGGGUGGGGCCUGGGGCGAUGAACGGUGAAGAUGCAACGGAUAGCAGCGAAGGAGCGGACGAGAUGGCGGCUGGGGAUACGGGGGGUCACGAGGGAUGGGAGCAGACGGAGCAGAAGGGGCAGGGGGAGCAGCGAGCGCCGUUCCCCUCGCCCCCUCCCCACGCUGAACCGCGACUGCGCGCUGCACCCCCAGCUGCCAGGCCCCUCGACGCGUCUUCUCCGCGCGCCCACUCGCCCCGGCGCCUGUCGCCCUCAGCGCGAUCGCCCCGUGCCACGUCGUCUCCAAAGGCCGUGUCGCCUCGAGCAGGCGCAGGCACCCGCGCAGACACCCGCGCUGGCGGGCAGUCGGGGACAGGCAGCAGUGGCAGCGAGGGCGAGGAGUACCACACCCCCCACAGCACCCCUCCCCCGCCCAGCGACAGCCUUCCCUCCGCGCUGCACCACGCGCAGCAGCUGGCGGGGCUCCCCUUGAGCCCGUCGCUCGAGGCGUACCUUGUUGACGCGCGCGCCGACCACGCCGCGGACGGCUCCUGCGCGGAGCCUCCGGAGGCGCACGACACGGGUGAGAGCAGCGUGGAGUGCGGCGAGCAAUACGGCGCGGAGGGCGGGGAGGACAUCCCCCUGAUUGACGACGGCCCCGUCGCCGCCCCGAGCCGCCCCCCGAAGUCGCCCAGGCCGGAGCGCGCGCUCUCCCCCCUCGCUGCGCGGGGCGCGCGGCAGCCACGCGCGCGCCAGGCGCCUGCUCGCUCGCCGCGGUCGCCCAGGACGAGAGCGGUGAAGGACGGUGCGUGGCGGUGCAAGUCCAUGCAGGAGGGCUCCUCCAACCCCUCCAGCGCCGCCAGCGCCAGCCGCGCGGGCGGGUCUAGCGCCGCUGCUGCCUCCACCGCGCGCCCUGCCGCGCGCACGCGGUCCUUCCGCGAACAGUCGCCCCGCGGGACGCUGAGGAGCGCAGGCGGAGGGGGGAGGGUGCUGCGCAAGGCUGGGUCAGAGCCAGAGGAGCGGGGGGGGGUGGGGGAGGGGGUUGGGGGAAGCAGAGCAGGAAGGGGCGCGCGGGGCGGGCAGGUAUGGUCGCAGGCGCGGCCCAGGUCGCCCAGGGAGGCGCCGCGGUCGCCCAGGGCGCGCUCCAAGUCGCCCACCGACGGGCUCAGGUCGCCCAGCGAGGGGCUGCGCUCCCCCCGCGCUGCAGGCAGGUCCCCGCGCCCCCUGCCUUCCCCCAACGCCGGGCUGCCUGGGAGGGACGUGGGCGCGGGGGAGAGGGGCGCGGGGGGGAGGAGCAGGCAGGCGCGGAAGGUGAGCAGCUGGAGUGGCCCGGGAGGGGGAGAGGGCGGGGGAGGAGGGGAGGGGGACGCGGAGGAGGCAGGGCGACGCACAGGAGCAGAGAGCAGAGCAGGGGGAGGGGGAGGGCGGGGAGUGGGGCAGGGCGGGUUGGGGCAGGGGGGAUCGGCGUCAUUCUCAGCAGCAGGGGGGGCGCGGGUGGCGGAGUUUAUUCUGGGGCGCGCGUACAGGGACGUGGGGGAAGCGUACGAGGUGGGGGGGGAGCAGCUGGGCGUGGGGCAGUUUGGCGUGAUCCGUGCGUGUGUGAGCCGCAGCACGGGGCAGGUGAUGGCGUGCAAGGCCAUCAGUAAAGAGCGCAUUCUGGCGCAGGAGGAUGCGGAGGACGUGGCGAAGGAGGUGCGUGUGAUGCAGCAGCUGAGGGGCCACCCGCACAUCGUCAAGAUCCACCGCGCCAUGGAAGACUCCCAGCACGUGCACAUCAUAAUGGAGAUCUGUCGGGGCGGCGAUCUCUUUGACCGCGUAAAGGCGGGCGGCAGGCUGAGCGAGCGCAGUGCGGCAGCCAUCACGGAGCGGCUGGUGGAGGCGCUGCUGUGGUGCCAUGAGAAGGGCGUGGUGCACCGCGAUGUGAAGCUGGAGAACAUUCUGCUCAAGCAGCGCGGGCAUGACACUGACAUCCGCCUCACUGACUUCGGCAUGGCCGCUGAAGUCCGCCCAGGAGAGGUGCUAACGGAGCUGAUAGGCACGCCGUACUACAUGGCGCCCGAGGUGCUGGCGGGCUCAUACGGCCCCGAAGCAGACAUCUGGAGUGCGGGUGUGGUGCUCUACAUCCUGCUGUGCAGCCUGCCACCCUUCUAUGCCGCCUCCAACGAGGGCAUAUUCGACGCCAUCCGCACCAAGGACGUGCAGUUCAAGGCGCCCAAGUGGCACGGCGUGAGCGGUGCUGCCAAGCAGCUGAUCAGCAGCAUGCUGGAGAAGAACCCACGCGAGCGCAUCACGGGCGAGGAGGUCCUUGGGGCUUUCAAUGGCGGCUAA